AUGGAAGAGUCCCAGCAGAUUUUUGGAAUCCACCGACUAUACCAUCCAUUAGACCAGCCAGCAGAGGUAGAUAUAGUCGCAGUACACGGGCCGAACGGCCAUGCAGUCAAAACAUGGACAUCAGAGAACAUCUGCUGGCUGAGUCAUCCUGCAUUUUUGCCAAAAUAUGUUAAGAAUGCUCGGGUUCUUGCAUGGGGAUACAACGCGAAUCUAACGACUUUUCGUGGCCAAAAUCCCAGCGCAAACCACAUUCUUCACUACGCACAGACCCUUGUUGCUGAACUUGACGCGGAUAGAGAGGCGAUUGCGUAUGCGGCUAGUCGCGUCGGCCCUAAGCUAAGCAAUGUGCACUCAAUCUAUACUUGCACUUAUGGGAUACUCUUUUUCGGCACCCCUCACCAUGGGACUGAUAGAUCCCGGUUUGUUAGCAGGCUUCAAAGGCUAGCUUCGUUAGCACUUCCAAAACAAGUUAUGGACUUGAAUUCAGCACUCUUGAACGCAUUACAAACGGAAUCAGAAGUACUGCGGAACAUCAACGAUCAGUUUAUCCCGCUCCUCCAUAACUUCCGCAUAUAUUUCUUUUGGGAGCAAGAAAAACUAAAUCUGAGAUUCACUAGAGAUUUUAUGGUGGAUGUACACAGCGCGGCACCUAUCAUCGACAACACAGAAAGAUGCGGCAUGAGUGCGGACCAUUGGGAGAUGUGUCGGUUCAACAGCAAUACCUCCCAAGGGUUCCGAACAGCUGUGGCAGCGCUUAAAAGAUAUUGUCAACAAGCACCACGAGUUAUCGGUGAAAGACAUACUCGGAGAUUGACGGUAGUCCAGGAUAACAGGGUGCAUGAGGCGAUGGAAUUGUUAAAGACGAUACAACCGUCGGAGUCUAGCGACACUCCUCGCUAUCCUCAGCUCGGUUUCACCCUGGCAAAUGAGAUUUGCACCCAGUCCCAUGUGGAAUCUGACAAAGCUGGAUCUCAUAGGGGCUGA